CUUCAAUAAUGCACACAGUCUAGCACUUAGCACUCUGCGAGGUGUAUCCGUUUUAUUAUUUUAACGAUAUUAUUUAUUGAAAAAAUUUUAAUGGAGUUGAGGCUAGUAUUUUUAGUUAUUUCUGUGUCGGUGCUUGAAAUCGUAUACGCGGUAGACUAUUGCGACCCAUCCCUUUGUGGUUCCAGCAAGCACAUCGCAUGCAAUAAUAAUGGGCGAUUCGCAGCGUCUUGUCGUAAUGCCGUCAUGCUGCCCUUAACGAAGAGAGAUAAGAGUUUUAUUGUCCGCCUGCACAAUAAUAAACGCAACUAUGUGGCGAGUGGUAGAUCGAAAUAUAACGCGGCAUGUCGCAUGGGCUCCAUGCAAUGGGACAAUGAAUUGGCCGCAAUGGCAGCGCUGAAUGUCAAACAGUGUCAAAUGAAACAUGAUGCUUGCCGUAAUACGCCGAGAUUCCAACAUUCUGGACAGAAUUUGGCUUGGGGCAGUUGCCCUAACAACCCGAGUGUACGGAAACUGUUCCGACAAUUCAACAAUUUGUGGUACAGUGAAGGGCGCUACGCGAAUACGACGAUCAUCGAUAAAUAUCCGGAUAAUUAUAUUGGACCCGCCAUUGGUCAUUUUACAGUUAUGGUUGGUGAAGCAAACACUCGCGUGGGUUGCGCCUUCAGCACUUACUCCGUGCCGGGUCAACCAUAUAAGGGGUGUCUCUUGGCCUGCAACUAUGCAACCACCAACUUGAUCGGUGCCCCGAUGUAUAAGUCGUGUGCAGUUGGAGCGUCAGGUUGCAAGACGGGCAAAAAUAGGAUCCUUCCUUUCCUAUGUUCGAGAGCCGAAGUUUAUUAAUUAUUGAUAUAUGCAUAUAUGUGGCGACAAGUGUGGUGUUUGUGUUUAUAAACUUGAUUUGAUUAUGAUAAAUAUAUGUAUGUAUAUUUUAAUUAGGUACUUAUUUACCCGGAAGCAU